AUGCCCUCCGCGACAGCCCCUUCCGUCGAGAGGCACCUGCCUAAGAAGCACAACCCUCUAAUGCUCGAAGAUGUACCGCCAUACGGCGAUCUCGUUGCCCGCCGCCGCCUCGGUCAGACCCAACUGACGGCCAAGAUGGUCAACAUGCCCGACAGCGACGGAUCUACCCUCGGUGUUUUCGACUAUGCUCAUCUUCGCGCCCCUCUGCCCAAAGGAAUCGUCUCCGGCAUCUUCAAGUCCAGCCCGAACAGCUACUUCCUGAUGCGCCGCAGCCACGAUGGCUUCGUCUCUGCUACCGGCAUGUUCAAGGCCACCUUCCCCUACGCCGAGGCAUCCGAGGAGGAAACCGAGCGCAAGUACAUCAAGUCUCUCGCCACUACCAGUCCCGAGGAGACGGCUGGAAACGUGUGGAUUCCUCCCGACCACGCCUUGACUCUGGCCGAGGAGUACCGUAUCCUGCCGUGGAUCCGCGCUCUGCUCGAUCCUGCCACCAUCUCCGUCUCCAACGCGCCCGAUAGCCCGCCCAAGAAGAUCGCCGCGCCGCCCAAGUUCGAGUUCGUCAAGGCGCCCACUCCCCAACUAGCUCCUCCUGCCACCCCGACUCAGCUCCGCAGAUCUCGCCGCUCCGCCAGCCCGACCAAGACUACGAUCCCCAGGCCUACCAGGUCGCCCCGUAAGCGCAGGGCGAAGGCCGAUUCCGUCGAGCCGAGGGAAACUACGCCUGCUCUCACUACCACCACCAAGCUCGAAGUGAACGGCGUUAUUGAAGAGGACAAGGUUGCCGAAGCGGAGACUGUCAUCAAGACCGUCGAGGCGGAACCCAGCGUCGUGCUCGAACCGAGGGAGGAAGACCCCAAGGCCAAGGUCUUUGUCGACCAAGACAUCAAGACAGACGAGGACGGAAACGAGACGAAGCACACUGCUGUGUCUCUCCAGCUUCCCCUACUGAGCUCUCAGCCGCCAACUGCCGAGGAGACAGCCCGUAUGAUCGCUGAAGCCAAGCAGAUGGUUGAGGCGGCCUCAAAUCAGGAUGCAGCCGUUAAGAAAGGCAAGAGAGGCGCCGAGCAAAUCUCAACAGGGGAUGACGAGGACGAGAAGAAGGAAGGUGGUGCCGAGACUGCGGAAGAACCCCGGUCGAAGAAGGCCAAGACCCAAGAGACCCAGGUCCAAAUCAAGAAGCAGGGUAUGCGCAAGCGCGCCAUCUUUGGCAUGACUGCGCUAUCAGUAGCCGUGGGCGCUUUUUCAUACUUUACCGGAUCUUAUGGCUUCAUCGGCUUGGGUCAAAUGGGUUAUCAAAUGGCCAAGAAUCUUCAGUCGAGACUGAGUCCCAAAGACGACAUCCGCAUCUUUGACAUCAACAAAGAAGCCGUCUCGAACUUGGCCAAGGAAAUGGAACAGUCGCAGACCGGUGGAGCAAAGGUUGCCGUCGUCGACAGCGCAAAAGACGCUUCCACGGAAGCAGACACUGUGAUAACAGUCCUCCCCGAGCCCUCACACGUGAAAUCAGUCUACGCAUCCCUCCUCAAAGACCUCCCCCCGCGCCCGCGCAUCUUCAUAGACUGCUCCACGAUCGACCCCUCCUCCUCCCGCGAGGUAGCCGCCUCCGUCGCAGCGGCCCAGCCCUCCGGCAUCUUCGUCGACGCCCCCAUGUCAGGCGGCGUCGUCGGCGCCACGGCGGGAACCCUGACCUUCAUGCUCGGCUGCGAGGAGUCCCACCUCUCGCGCAUCGAGCCCGUCCUCCUCCGCAUGGGCCGUCGCGUGCUGCACUGCGGGCCCCAGGGGACGGGGCUUUCGGCCAAGCUGGCGAACAACUACCUGCUGGCCAUCAACAACAUCGCCACGGCCGAGGCGAUGAACCUGGGCAUCAAGUGGGGGCUAGAUCCCAAGGUGCUCGCGGGGGUGAUCAACGUCAGUACGGGCAAGUGCUGGCCUAGCGAGGUGAAUAACCCCGUCAAGGGCGUGGUCGAGGGGAGUCCGGCCGGGAGGGACUACAAGGGCGGAUUCGGGAUCGGGCUGAUGCGCAAGGAUCUCGGGCUGGCCGUCGUCGCGGCCAAGGAAGCCGGCGCGAGGCUGGAACUUGCCGGGCGGGCUACGGAGGUGUACUCUGCUGCCGAGGGGGAGGAGAGGUGUAAGGGGAGGGACUUUUCGGUCGUGUACCGCUACCUCGGAGGCGAGGACAGCUAG